GUUUGAUUACGACAACGUGGACUGAUUUUUCAUGACCUGGAUUUCGUUCACCCGUGAUUUUCCUGCUUCGUAUUGAUGACUUUUGAUUUAUUAAACCCUUAUGCUUAUCCUGGAGACCUGCGUUGAGCGAAACGGAAGCGUGUUAACCGAGAAAAUCCGCCACGAACUUGUUGGUGUCAUUGCAUGAAACUGAGUGAUGGAUGAACCGGAUAAAUUGUCGCAUUUACUGCAUCGUCUGCGGACGGUGGCGCCGGGCAGCAGCAGUCUGCAGGCCAUCGUCGACAAUCUGCGCAUCUACCUGAAGCGCCAUCAAGCGCAGAUCCCGCGGGCGGUAGCCGAUGGCGGAGUGGCGGCCGUGACGCGACUGUUGCAGUCUAUCGUUUUCGCCGCCAAAGACGGUAACAACACUUCGCGGACCGUGUCCGAUGCGUCAGACCAGGAGCCGGUGGUGUUGAGUCUGCUGUCGUUGCUGAUGAUUCUGGCCACGGAGCAGCCGGCGAAAGUCAGCUUAAACAACGAGAAUGCCGUGAAAUUAUUCGUGUUCCUGCUACAAUCCAAAUACUCCCCGGAACUCCACCUGCGCACCCUGCGGACCCUUCUCACCCUGCUCCACACCAACCCCCCACUGGUCACCCUCCUGGCCACCGCCCCCCCUCACCGCGACCCUUACGGCCUUCUUGGACACCACCUCCCUCCAGGACCCGGCCAUCCGCCUCCUGCGCGCCCUCUCCCCGGCCUCGGCGCCCUUCCGGCGCGCCCUCCUGCGCCAGGGCACCCUCCCGCGGCUUCUCAGCCUCCUGCACCCCGACUCCUCCGAACCCCCCAUCCUCCAGUCCGCCCUCCUGACCAUCACCGGCCUCCUGCCGCCCGGUGACCAGCCCGUGGACGACGACACGGCGCGCAUCCUCCGCGGGUGCAUGGCGCAGCUGGUGACCCUCGCCGGGCACGAGGCCCCCGGGGUGCAGCAGUCCGCGGUGGAUCUGUUGACACGGAUGGCCGGGAGCUCCAGUUUACGCCUGGAUAUGGGGAGUAAGGGCGUGGUGGCGUGUUUCCUGGAGCAGUUGGGGUUCGAUGCGCGGCAGACGACGGUGGAUAGUCUGCAGCGGAAGGUGGCGUUCGCGUUGACGCUGUGCUGUCGGGAUGGGUUUAAUCGCGCGAAACUGGUGGAUUUGGGAGGAUUAAGGGUGCUGGUGGGGAUGCUGGGACAGGUGCUGUACCAGACGGUGCAUCUGCAUAUUUUAGCGUGUUUACCGGAGUUCCGGCAUGAUUCCACGACCAUGCAGCAGCUGAUUCAGCUGGGCGUAUUGCCGUUGGUCGCCGAGUACAUGUCGGCCGCCAUCGACGUCUGCCAAUCAUCCUCGCCUUCCGUCUCCAAACUUCCGGAAUCUCCCAACCCGCCGGUGGACGACGCGCCGGCCUCAACCGCGGCGACAUCUACAUUCGCGGUCUCCCCGCCCCGUCUCCGCCACCUCCCCCCGCCCAGCCCGGCCGUUUCCCCGCCCUCCAUCUCCGAAGAACUCCAGCGGGACCUGGGCCGUCUUCCUAUGGACACGGGGAACGCCUCACCCUAUCCCAGCUCCCCGGGCGGGUUCCCGGGACCGCGGACACCCGGUCCGUCCACGGGGCGAUAUUCCCCGGUCCUGGACGACCCCCCGGGGACGUCCGCAUCCCCGGAAAGUCCCGGACGCCUGGAAAACAGCGUUGGAGAUCUGGGAAGUGCGCUCCUGGUUCCCGGAGGGUCACCGGAACCCGCUGGAGGGUACUCGCCGGUGCGUGUGGAUAGUCCCAGCUCGCCGAGCUGUUCCGGGAUGUCUGGAGAAUCUCCGGGACCGUUUGCUUCCCGCCGGGGUUCCGGACGGUACUCUCCGGUGCUGAUGGACGUGGAGGAUGACAAACCGUCACUAAAACGGUCCCUUAGCGCCGCCAAGGACCCUCCGACGACAAAAAAGCCCCGGACCACCUCGACGAUGAGCCAGACCGACGCCGAGAAGUGUCUGCGCUACGCCCUGGGGUUCCUGGAGUCCAUCUCCUACCAAGCGGAACUGACACGCUUCCUGGCGACCAAACCGCUGCUGGCCGGGCUCCUGGCCUGCAUGGAGCUGUACUACCACCCCGAGAAGACAGACACCAUCGGGAACCCGGUGAAACCUUAUUCGAUCAUCCAGCGCAUCGUCCGCGAUCGUUUAGCCUUCGAGCACGUGGUCAAGAGCGGGCUGGCGCUGCGGCUGGUGGAGCGCAGUCGCUGUGACGCGGUGGACGCGGCCAAGAAGGAGCUGGUGAAGAGUCUGCGCAACUGCGCCGAAGGGGAUUUCGGUUUUGGCGAGUUAUUGCAUCUGUGUCUGCGGGCGCCCGCCCCCGUGCGCAUGACGUGUGUGGCCAGUGCGGCGGUGCUGCUGGGCGGGCGGGGCGAGCGGAUGCGGUUGUGGGAGCGGAACGGGGUGCUGGAGCAGCUGAUGGAGGCGCUCAGUGAGAUUCACGAUGCCGAUGAGGAAACCGCCCGCGUCAUCGGGCAGGCGGUGCACGGCUUCUUCGCCAAUUUGUCCAGCGACGCGGACGACGAUCCGAUGGGCUUGAGUUUCCGGGACGCGGCGCUAACCGGCUGCCAAUACGAACAGAUGCCGGCGGUUGAUAACGACGCGGUGUGCCAGCUGGACGACGGCACCAUCGUCCCCGUCAACCGGGAGAAAUUAGCCGCCGCGUCCGAUGUCUUUGCGGCGCUGCUGGGCAGUAAUUUCAUCGAGGGACGCCAGCAGAUUGUCCCCAUCAAACAGACCGAAGCGCAAGCCUUCACGGGUAUCGUGCACGUUUUAUGCGGCUGCCGCUUCACCUCCUGUCCGCAUCUGGACACCCUCCUCACCGACCCCACCGGCCUCCCUCUCCUGGAUCUCGUGCAGCUCAGCGACCAGUUCCUCCUCUUUGAUCUGCGGGAUUUCGCCAGCACCGUGCUCAUCAACGAACAGCUGACCCCGACCAACUGCCGCCUCCUGGUGGAACAAGCCGACGCCCUGCAUCUGACCACCAUCAGCGAGGGCAUCGUGCAGCGGGUGGUCAGAGCCGAGAUGGAGACCGGCGAACGGGCCGCGUACCUGCGGGAAUUGAUGGGGGGCUGGGAUGUCCCCGGAAAGGACGGGUUGUUGACCCUUCUGCGGGCGGUGAUCACGGCUGCGUGGUGAAUGGGGGCGGGAUGGGCCCCGUGGGCGGUUGGGAAUUUUCGGUGAUUUUUUUUAAGAGAUCUGCUUGUUUUGCUUUGCUGCGUGUAUCUCACGGGAUUUCUUUUCUUUAUUUUAUUCUUAAUCUGUUGUUGGAACGCUGAAUGAUCGGAUAAUGAGCACUGGUUGCGUUUUGGAUUUGACAUUUUAUGCUUGCUUUUAUCAUGGCUUUUUGAUGGUCAAUGGACAGUGACCAUAUACAUAUUCAUUCAAAAAAUAAGGAGAGAUGUUGGGUAAUGAAUAAAAUGGAAGUA